CCAAGAGAUAAAUUUAUAUGCACAUUCUGGCCCCUUCGAGAAAGCCAUUUCUUGUGUUCUUCGUAGAAUUGUGAGUUUCGAUCAAUCUCUCUUGAAGACGCCGUGAGAAGAGAAUCAAUCGAAGCUCUACAGCUUCGUCCAGUUACGUUUCCACUCCCAAAAGUCGCCUCCUUAAUCUCCUUUUUCAUCUCUGCGGCGAUCUUCAAUCUCUUGCCUGAUUUCAUCGGUGUCCUUUGCUUCCAUCCCCCAGGAAGAAGAGGACAUCUCCGGCGUUUGUACAUCGUUAUUUGUUCAUCCUUCAACUUGAUACUUUACUCCACAAGCUUUGCUAACGUGUAGCUGGUGUGUUCUUGAUGAUGAUAACUUGAUUAUUUCUGAUAUGGAUAUCGGGAGUAACGUGAAUCAAUAUAUCAGCUGUUAGUUGAAAUCAGACGUUUGAAGUUAAGAAGAAGUCCUGAAUCCGUACUCGCUGUUAAAAUCCUUGAAUUCAGAAACCGACGUCAGGAUAAGUCUACUCUGCUGAUUUCUGUUAACGAAAUUCCGAAGUGAUGGAGUUAGCUCAGUUAGAGGCAUUAUGUGAAAGACUUUACAAUUCUCAAGACUCAGUUGAGCGAGCCCAUGCCGAAAACACUCUGAAGUGCUUCUCCGUGAAUACUGAUUACAUUUCCCAAUGCCAAUACAUUCUCGACCAUGCAUUGACUCCUUAUGCAUUGAUGCUUGCGAGCUCAAGUUUGUUGAAACAAGUCACCAAUCAUAGUCUUGCUCUGCAACUUCGUUUAGAUAUUCGAGGCUAUCUUAUUAACUACUUAGCCACCAGAGGGCCUGAAUUGCAACCUUUUGUCAGUGCAUCUUUAAUUCAGCUACUAUGCAGACUCACAAAAUUUGGUUGGUUCGACGAUGACCGAUUUCGGGACAUUGUUAAAGAAUCCACGAACUUCCUGCGACAGGCAACAUCAGAACACUAUGGCAUUGGUUUGAAGAUAUUGAACCAACUUGUAUCUGAGAUGAAUCAGCCUAAUCAAGGAUUCCCUUCAACAAAUCAUCGGAGAGUGGCUUGCUCCUUCAGGGACCAAGGGUUGUUCCAAAUCUUCCAAAUAUCUUUAACAUCCUUAUGUCAGUUGAAGAAUGAUGUAGCUGGUCGUUUGCAAGAAUUAGCACUUUCUCUAUCACUGAAGUGUUUAUCUUUUGAUUUUGUUGGGACCUCCAUUGACGAAAGCUCAGAAGAGUUUGGCACUGUUCAGAUUCCAUCUUCUUGGAAGACAGUUUUGGAGGAUCCAUCAACUCUACAGAUAUUUUUUGAUUAUUAUGCCAUUACAAAAGCGCCACUUUCCAAGGAGGCACUGGAAUGCCUGGUUCGACUAGCUUCCGUUAGACGUUCUUUGUUUACAAAUGAUGCUGCUCGUUCAAAAUUUUUGGCCCAUCUUAUGACAGGAACUAAAGAAAUCCUACAAACUGGUCAAGGUCUCGCCGAUCAUGAUAAUUACCAUGAGUAUUGCCGUCUUCUUGGACGUUUUAGGGUGAACUAUCAGCUGUCUGAGCUUGUCAACGUGGAGGGCUAUAGUGAUUGGAUUCGUUUAGUGGCAGAGUUUACUUUGAAGUCCUUGCAUUCUUGGCAGUGGGCUAGCAGCAGUGUUUACUAUCUCUUAGGUUUAUGGUCCCGAUUGGUUACAUCUGUUCCAUACUUGAAAGGCGACGCUCCAAGUUUAUUGGAUGAGUUUGUACCUAAAAUCACUGAAGGUUUUAUCACAUCAAGAUUGAACUCUGUGCAGGCUGGAUUACAGGAUGAUCUUUCUGAGAACCCAUUAGACAAUGUUGAAGUCUUACAGGACCAACUGGAUUGCUUCCCGUACCUCUGCAGAUUUCAGUAUGAAACCAGUAGUUUGUGCAUGAUAAAUAUCAUGGAGCCCAUAUUGCGAACAUACACGGAAAGAGCUCGGCUGCAAGGUGGUGAUAACAGUGAGCUUUCUGUUAUGGAAGCCAAACUUGCAUGGAUUGUUCAUAUUAUAGCUGCUAUCGUUAAAAUAAAACAAUGCACUGGUUGUAGUGUGGAAUCGCAGGAAGUUCUUGAUGCUGAACUGUCAGCUCGUGUGUUGCAAUUGAUAAAUGUUACUGACAAUGGUUUACACAGCCAGAGGUACGGUGAAGCAAGCAAGCAAAGACUUGAUCGAGCUAUUCUUACCUUCUUCCAGAAUUUUCGUAAGUCUUAUGUGGGUGACCAGGCAAUGCAUUCCUCCAAGCAGUUAUAUGCGCGGUUUUCUGAACUCCUUGGACUUCAUGACCAUCUUCAAUUGUUGAAUGUGAUUGUCAGCAAGAUUGCUACAAAUCUUAAGUGUUACACUGAGAGUGAGGAGGUCAUUGACCACACCUUAAGUUUGUUUCUGGAGCUGGCAUCUGGAUACAUGACAGGGAAGCUGCUUUUGAAAUUGGAUACUGUUAAAUUCAUUGUUGCAAAUCAUACGAGGGAGCAGUUUCCAUUUUUGGAAGAAUACAGAUGUUCACGCAGUAGGACAACCUUCUAUUACACCAUUGGCUGGCUAAUAUUUAUGGAGGAAAGCCCUGUUAAAUUUAAAUCGUCUAUGGAACCACUGUUGCAGGUUUUUAUCAGAUUGGAAUCAACUCCUGAUUCAGUUUUUCGUACGGAUGCUGUAAAAUAUGCACUUAUUGGGUUAAUGAGAGAUCUCCGUGGGAUUUCUAUGGCCACAAACAGUCGCAGAACCUAUGGACUUCUGUUUGAUUGGCUAUACCCUGCACAUAUGCAUCUCCUCUUGAAAGGCAUUUCUCAGUGGACAGACACACCAGAGGUAACAACCCCGUUAUUGAAAUUCAUGGCUGAGUUUGUGUUGAACAAAGCACAACGCUUGACUUUUGACUCAUCUUCUCCCAAUGGCAUACUUCUUUUCCGAGAAGUCAGCAAACUAAUUGUUGCUUAUGGAUCAAGAAUUUUAUCUCUCCCAAACCCUGCUGAUAUAUAUGCCUUCAAAUACAAGGGAAUAUGGAUUUCAUUGACUAUUUUAACCAGAGCUCUUGGUGGAAACUAUGUGAACUUCGGGGUUUUUGAACUCUAUGGUGACCGAGCACUUUCUGAUGCACUUGAUAUUGCUUUAAAGUUGACACUGUCAAUUCCUUUGGCUGACAUAUUGGCAUUUCGAAAGCUGACCAGAGCAUAUUUUGCUUUCCUAGAGGUUUUGUUCAGCAGUCAUAUUGUUUUUGUACUAAACCUCGACACAAACACAUUCAUGCAUAUAGCUGGUUCUCUUGAAUCCGGCCUCAAAGGUCUGGAUACGAAUAUCUCAUCGCAGUGUGCAUCAGCUGUUGAUAACUUGGCAGCUUUCUAUUUCAACAACAUCACUAUGGGAGAGGCUCAAUCUUCACCUGCUGCUAUUAAUCUCUCUCGUCACAUUGUAGAUUGUCCCACUUUGUUUCCAGAGAUUUUAAAGACCCUUUUUGAGAUCGUUUUAUUCGAGGAUUGUGGUAACCAAUGGAGUCUUAGCAGACCAAUGCUGAGCUUGAUACUCAUAAGUGAACAGAUGUUUACCGAUUUGAAGACCCAGAUCAUGGCUUCUCAGGCAAGUUCCCUUUUUCUCUUACUAAAUUGAAGUGCAAUUGAUUGAUGUAGCUGCGCUAGCAGCAAUCAAACUAAAGCGCACACUCGAAAGUGCUUCGUUCGAAUAUACCUUUGAACUUGGAAAUUAGGAGAGAAUGUGGAUAGAAAAAUAAAUAAAUGUUAAAAAAAGAGAGGUAUUAACAUUUAUUUUUCCUUACCCAGAUCAUAGAUUGCCCAAAAUUUAUUUAAAAUUUCAUCAAAAAGAGAGGUAUUAACGUCUAUUUGAGGACCCAUAUCAUAGAUUGCCUGCUCUAAGAAAACUGCUACAUAUUUCUUUUUUCCCCCUUUCUUUCUGAAGAAUGUGUGAGGUAAACUUAGUUCCAGCUCUCCAGUAUGCGGAUGAGAGGGGGGAAAA